AUGGGAGAAAGCGUGGGGGCCCUGCAGCUGCAGCACGCCCUGGGCAGCCCAGAUGAGGGGGUCCCAAAGCUGGGUAUUUUCAGCUCACUGCCAGGCAGAGCCCAACCCAGAGAGGAUGACCCAUGUGUCGUCCCCGCAGGAUACCUGCAGCACUGCCUGGCGCCCGCCGGCUACAACCCCGACAAGAAGCAGGGGCUGCCGCCGGCACCGCCAGACCCGGCCUACGCGCCCGGCCAGGAGGAGUACAGCGACCCCGAGAGCCCCCAGUCCACCUUCUCCGCCCGCUACUUCAACGGGGAGGCAGCGGUGACGGACAGCUACUCCAUGGACGCCUUCUUCAUCACCGACGGGCGGUCGCGCCGACGCGGGGAGAGCCAACGCCGCGGCAGCCACCGCCACUCCUGCCCCGAGUGCGGCAAGACCUACGCCACCUCCUCCAACCUCAGCCGGCACAAGCAGACCCACCGCAGCCUGGACAGCAAGAUGGCCAGGAAAUGCCCGACCUGCGGCAAGGCGUACGUCUCCAUGCCCGCCCUGGCCAUGCACGUCCUCACCCACAACCUCAAGCACAAGUGCGACGUCUGCGGCAAAGCCUUCAGCCGGCCCUGGCUGCUGCAGGGCCACAUGCGUUCGCACACUGGGGAGAAGCCCUUUGGUUGCUCUCACUGUGGCAAGGCCUUCGCCGACCGCUCCAACCUGCGCGCCCACAUGCAGACCCACUCCGCCUUCAAGCACUACAAGUGCAAGCAGUGCGAGAAGACCUUCGCCCUCAAGUCGUACCUCAACAAGCACUACGAGUCCGCCUGCUUCAAGGGCUCCGAACACAGCUGUGCAAUAGGGAACUAGUCCCCGUGCCCUCCCCCCCUCGCCCCCACCGCAGCUCCCCACCACCUCUACCCCUCCGCAUCCUGGUGCCAGCUGCCGCUAUGGGCUGGAGGAUGCUUCCCACAUCUCUCACCCCCUAAAUAAAAAGGAGCCCCCGGCCCCCGGGAAGGGCUGGACGCAGUCCCUGCAGCCAGGCAGGUCUCUCUGCAGGGACUGCCCCGGGAGCAUCGCCUGCACCCGGGCCAGACCUUCCCCAGCUCGCGAUGCUCACCUCUAUUUAUUUAAUUUAUUCCUAUUAUUUAUUUAGAGCUGCUGCUUCUCCUCCCAGGAACUGCCGGGGAGAAAAGACACUCACCCGGUCCAUAGCAAGGACAGGACCGUGGGGCGAAGAGCCAGGCAGGACUGACGGACCCCACGCGCCCCGCUGCCCCCCACCCACAUGGGCACAGCCCCUGGGGCAGAACCCACACCCAAACCCUCAGCCCGUU